AUGUUUUGGCAUGCACAAGGCUGGGCCGUACUGGCCUGGCUGAUGCUGGCCACUAUUCCAGCUGGAUCAUGCGAAUCCGAUACACCGAUCCCAUCUGCGAACGAGCCGCCUUCGACAUGUCACGCCCGGCACAUCAAUUACGUGACCGACACCUUGUUUGAUCAGUGUCAUAGAGUUCGUUGGGAACAAGCUGACUCAAUCGUACCCAAAGAUGGCGAUCAAACGGCAGAACACAUAGCACACGACCUCUCGUUCCUGGAUACAAGACCAGUAGAUCGCAAGGAGAAUGACGACCAGACUCCUACUAUCUCAGUCGAGACCACAAACACUGUGGAUGCCCAUACGGAAGCCACAACAUUUAUGUCUUUCGAAGACUGGAAGGAUCUCAAGGCACGUGAAGCUGCACGUGAUUCUCAAGAUACCAACCCGGACUCCGAGAAGGCUCUGCCACCCCCUCAGGGACAUGACUCCAGAGAAGAAAGUGAUAUAGCACUUAAGGUUGAAGCAGUAUCAGAAGAGCUCAGCAGUAUUGCAGCCCCAUCGCGGCAAUCGCUUGCUGGCGCGGGCGAAAAUGAGCAACCAUCGGAACCUGUUCUAUAUGACGAUGGCAAGGCACAGUAUUACCGCAGUAAGGAUGCAGGGAAGACAUGCAAGGAACGAUUUUCAUACUCAUCAUUCGAUGCUGGCGCUACUGUCCUCAAGACCAAUGCCGGAGCGAAGAACGCGAAGGCGAUAUUGGUCGAGAACAAGGACUCCUAUAUGCUACUCGAAUGCGCCGCGGUCAACAAAUUUGCCAUCGUCGAGCUCACAGACGACAUUCUCAUUGAUACUGUGGUACUUGCAAACUUCGAAUUCUUCUCCAGUAUGAUCCGUCACUUCAAGGUCAGCGUCAGCGACCGGUAUCCCGUGAAAGUCGACAAAUGGAAGGACUUGGGCAUAUUUGAGGCCAAGAACUCCAGAGAUAUCCAGCCUUUCCUCGUCGAGAACCCUUUAAUCUGGGCUAAAUACGUUCGCAUCGAAUUUCUUACUCACUACGGAAAUGAGUAUUACUGCCCCGUAUCUCUACUCCGAGUUCACGGCACACGCAUGCUCGACUCCUGGAAAGAUACCGAGGCACCCCCCGAUGAAGACGACGCUGAAGAAGAACAUGUGGAUGCAGUCCUGGACCUCACGCAAGACGCGGACAUUGAUCAGGCACAGACCGUCCCAACACCUGACAAUAAUGAGGCAGAUGAAGUUACUCGCCAAGAACAAAAAAUCUGGAGUGAUGUGGUUUACUCUGUGCCAUCUUCACCGCUACAGGCCUCCCUUAUCCAGGAGAAUCCUCUGGUUCUUACAUGUCCCACCAUCGCCGGUUGCACAAGCGCCGGCGCGCUCCAAGAACGGCACUUCCACCUCAGUCCCGCCAGCUUCACCAACGGUCCAAGAGAGCUUCCACAAGGCGGUUAG